AUGUCCUGUACAGAUCCUCAGGAUAGAUUGAAUUUGUAUAAGUUUACUAAAAUAUUGACUUUAAAAGUUGCUCAGAUCGUAGUCCAAAGUCGACAGGGAAAAAAAAUUAACCAUGUUUACAAUACAACAAAACUAGACGACGUAUCAGAUAUUUCAUGCCCGCCAAACAACUUACAAUGGUUCAACCUGUCUAUACCAGAUGUACCCGAAGUUAAUAAUGAUACAAAGUGUGUUCUAAAUGGUGAAGUUAUUGAGGCAUUAACUAAAACCCUAUGUAUAGAAAUAUCCCUCCACACAAAUGAUGGAGAUGACAUGGUAUUGGAGCUUUGGACUGUUAAAAUGGUGCCUGGGUGUGACGCUACAGUCACCUCCAUAUCAACUAUUUACUACAGAAUGAGUGUCAUGUUGAAAUCAACAUUGAGCAUAUCAAGAAUAACACCGGCUUACAAAAUGUCUCGGUUACAAAACAAAGAUAGUUAUAAGAUCUCACACAAAAUAUAUGGGGGGCAACCCAAUUCAAAUUUAUUAGGUGAGAAAUAUAAAAGAAUAAAGGUCAGUGAACUCUGUACGCCUAUUGGAAUGAUACAAAUCGAAGUUUUGUACAGAACUGAGAUGGCUAUCUUGCCAGAACCAAGGGGAAGAGCCCCAAGCUAUGGAGAAGUGCAAAAUAUAUCAAACAGUGAUAUUAUGGUUAAAAGUGAUCACUUUACAAGGGAUAGCCCAAGGAAAACUUAUCAUGAAAAGAAGAAAGUGGAUCUCUCUAAACCAUUGACAGCUGGUGCAUUUGUAGAUACAGUUAAAAUAAAAGAGUUGCAUGAUGCACUUUAUCAACAGUUACCACCUGAACCACCUAUGGCAUGGCUCCUAGCCGAGAAAGAUAAAAUGGAAAGGAAAAUGAAAUUACUAUCUAUGGCUGAUGCUCUGGCAAAGCCUGGCCCUAGUAAUGAAUCACCUGCGGUUGUGGUCCAGAGUGCUAGUAAAGCUGUUGAAGUGCCCAAAUCAAAGGAAAACAAAUAUGCUAGUUUGAUGGAGUUCCCCUUCGCCGACGGAAGCCCUAUCACCGAAUUGGCAAAUUUUUACCAAGAGUGUUUGCAAGCGCGUUCAGCGAGCGACGCAUGGACAGACGUGGAAUCAGUGUCUACAGAUUCAGAGACCUUGUCGCAACAGCUCAAGAUGUAUGAAGAUGCAGUGCCAGAAUUCGAUAAUAUGGUCGAGUCGAUGUUUAGUAACGCGGAGUAUGGCUCGGAUCACUCGUAA